GCACGAUUAUAAAUGACUGAAUAACCAACGAGCACAACAGUAAAUUGGGUUUUACUAUAGUUUAUCCCAGUUCUUCGUCGCUUCAGCCGUACACAAAGUCGACGCGCGAAUGCGAGUGCUGCAACAGAUUACAUACUUCCAAGUAAACAACGUAACUUCAACAGGUUAAUGAUGGGACGCUGAAAGCAAUCCACAGAAUCCUUUCUCUGUCACCGAAACAAAUGAAAUCUGUUAAAGGGUUUGCUGGAAACAGGAGGUCUCAAGAAAGAAUAUUUAAUAUCACCUUGGCAACAGAUGAUCUCGAAAUAGGUGAUCUCAUGAGAGAACCCAUUAGUGCAACCCUUGAAACAGGUGAUCUCAUGAAAGAACCCUUUACUGGAAUCCUAGAAAUAGGUGAUCUUAUGAAAGAACCCAUUACUGGAAACUGGUGAUCUCAUGAAAGAAUCCAUGAUUGGAACCCUGGAAAUCUUGAAAAACAUUCACACACACAUGAAGAUUCACAGUGAAAUCAAACCUCAUCAGUGCAUUGUGUGUGAGAAAACAUUUAAACGUUCAAGUAUCCUUCAGAAACACGUGCAAAUUCACACAGGAAUGAAGCCCUUUGAAUGUGUUGAAUGUGGGAAUAAAUUUGCACGUUCAAGUGACCUUCAGAGACGCAUGAAAAUUCACAGUGGAAUCAAGCCUUAUAAAUGUGUUGAAUGUAGGAGAAAGUUUGCACAUUCAAGUGGCCUUCAGAGACAUAUAAGAAUUCACACAGGAAUCAAGCCAACAGAAUCAAGUCAUCUGCAGACACACAUGAAGAUUCAAAGUGAAAUCAAGCUUCAUCAGUGCAUUGUGUGUGAGAAAACAUUUACACAGUCAAGUGACCUUCAGAGACACAUGAGAAUUCACAGUGGAAUCAAGCCUUUUGAAUGUGUUAAAUGUAGGAGAAAAUUUACGCGUUCAAGUGACCUUCAAAGACACAUGAGAAUUCAUAGUGAAAUCAAGCCUUAUGAAUGUGUUGAAUGUAGGAGAAAAUUUACGCGUUCAAGUGACCUUCAAAGACACAUGAGAAUUCAUAGUGAAAUCAAGCCUUAUGAAUGUGUUGAAUGUGGGAAUAAAUUUGCACGUUCAAGUGACCUUCAAAGACACAUGAGAAUUCACAGUGGAAUCAAGCCUUAUGAAUGUGUUGAAUGUAGGAGAAAGUUUACAUGUUCAAGUGACCUUCAAAGACACAUGAGAAUUCACAGUGGAAUCAAGCCGUAUGAAUGUGUUGAAUGUAGAAGAAAAUUUACACAUUCAAGUGGCCUUCAGAGACAUAUUAUAAUUCACACAGGAAUCAAGCCAACAGAAUCAAGUCAUCUGCAGACACACAUGAAGAUUCAAAGUGAAAUCAAGCCUCAUCAGUGCAUUGUGUGUGAGAACAUAUUUACACAGUCAAGUGACCUUCGGAGACACAUGAGAAUUCACACAGGAAUGAAACCUUUUGAAUGUGUUGAAUGUGGGAAUAAAUUUGCACGUUCAAGUGACCUUCAAAGACACAUGAGAAUUCACAGUGGAAUAUGUGUUGAAUGUGUUGAAUGUGGGAGAAAAUUUACACGUUCAAGUGACCUUCAGAGACACAUGAGAAUUCACAGUGGAAUCAAGCCUUAUGAAUGUGUUGAAUGUGGGAAUGAAUAUGCAAGGUCAAGUGACCUUAAGAGACACAUGAAAAUUCACAGUGGAAUCUAGCCUUAUGAAUGUGUUAAAUGUAGGAGAAAAUUUACACGUUCAGGUGACUUUCAAAGACACAUGAGAAUUCACACAGGAAUUAAGCCUUAUGAAUGUGUUGAAUGUGGGAGAAAAUUUACACAUUCAAGUGGCCUUCAGAGACACAUGAGAAUUCACAGUGGAAUCAAGCCUUAUGAAUGUGUUGAAUGUGGGAAUGAAUAUGCAAGGUCAAGUGACCUUCAGAGACACAUGAAAAUUCACAGUGGAAUCUAGCCUUAUGAAUGUGUUAAAUGUGGGAGAAAAUUUACACGUUCAGGUGACUUUCAAAGACACAUGAGAAUUCACACAGGAAUUAAGCCUUAUGAAUGUGUUGAAUGUGGGAGAAAAUUUACACAUUCAAGUGGCCUUCAGAGACACAUGAGAAUUCACACAGGAAUGAAGCCUCAUGCAUGUGUUGUAUAUGAGAAAAAGAUCAAGAAUCAAGUCAUCUGCAGUCACACCUGAAGAUUCACUUUGAAAUCAAACCUCAUCAGUGCAUUGUGUGUGAGAAAACAUUUACAUGUUCAAGUGACCUUCAGAAACACCUGCAAAUUCACACAGGAAUGAGGCUUUAUGAAUGUGUUGUAUGUGAGAAUAAAUUUACAUGUAGAAGUGAUUUUCAGAGACAGGAAUCAAGCCUUAUGAAUGUGUUCAAUGUGGGAGAAGAUUUACACGUUCAAGUGACCUUUAGAAACACAUGAGAAUUCACAGAAAUCAACCCUUUUAAAUGUGUUGAUUGUGGGGAUAAAUUUACGCAAUCAGAUUCUCUUAACACACGCAUGUUGAAGUUUUAACCACUAGGCUACCCGAACUGCCCCAGGAUUCUUUGUGGAAUCAACUGAUUGAGUACAUUGAAAUCUCAUCAGUGUAGUGUGUAAACGGUAAAUCAGCCAAUAUGUUAUUGUUUUGUCAUUUAAUUAAUCCAUUUUCUGAUGCAUAGAGAUGGGAUGUGUGCUAUUUUUAAAAUGCCAAAUUUGUUCAAGCAUUUACCAUGAUUUGCACGUGAAUUUACAGUAAAACAUGUCAAUGACAUUCUGUAUAUUUCAGUGAUUAAACCAGACUGAAGUUGU